AAAUGCCAGUAUUACAUGCAUAUAGAUUCUUUUGCAAGUAGGGUCCAUAGUGGACAUCAUAAUAAAAAUCAUCUUAAAUACUAAGCUGAUGGAUUGGAUUUAAUUAGAAACAUCGACUGUGUUCUACUGGGGUCCCCUGAGUAUCACUACGUUGGUGCAGUUCGUUUAAUAGGACUUAAAAUACUUCUGAAACUUUGCUGUGAUAAAAGUGGUGACUAUUUUGAAUUUUUGGAAGAACUUAUGUCAAAACUAUAUGUGAAUUAAUAUAUGAUUAGACAGACGAUCGUCUUUCAGUCAGAUGUUUCGCAGAACUUUGCUAUGUGCACUACUUCUAUGUGCGAUUGUGACUCAAACAGAAGCCAACACAUGCACCACUGCUGACCUGGCAGCCGGAUGCACCGUGGUAGGAUAUGACCAGGCUGCCGCUACUGCGGCGUGUGGUACUAGUAAUAGUGCAGUUGAUGACACAAGCAAUUGUGGACAGUACUAUGCGUGUUCCACUAUUAUUGCUGAUACUCUGCAAACGUGCCCUUCUGGUUAUAAAGUUGAUCUUGUAUCAGGAGGAGACAAGUGUGUCGUUGAUGCGACGUGCAAUGCAGAUGGCCCACCGGGUACAGGCGGACCACCGGGAUUAAAGGGUCCACAGGGGACGCUUAAUUAUGGAACAUUCGGCCCUCCCGGAACAGGUGGACCACCUGCAACAGGAGGGCCACCUGCAACAGGAGGUCCACCCGGAACUGGCGGUCCACCAGGAACAGUUGGUCCACCAGGAACAGAAGGUCCACCAGGAACAUCGGGUCCUCCUGGUACAGGUGGUCCCCCAGGAACAGGAGGACCACCAGGAACAGGAGGUCCCCCCGCAACAGGAGGACCCCCUGGAACUGGGGGUCCACCCGGAACAGGGGGGGGUCCACCAGGAACUGUCGGUCCACCUGGAACUGUAGGUCCUCCUGGAACAGGAGGACCACCUGGAACUGGGGGACCGCCUGCAACAGGAGGUCCACCCGGAACUGGUGGACCACCUGGAACAAGUGGUCCACCAGGAACAAUUGGACCACCGGGAACAGUUGGACCACCAGGAACAGGUGGACCUCCAGGUACCGGUGGUCCACCUGGACUUACAGCAACAGGAGGUCCACCAGGAACAGGGGGUCCACCAGGAACAGUCGGUCCACCAGGCACAAGUGGUCCACCAGGAACGGUUGGUCCCCCAGGAACAAAUGGUCCGCCCGGAUCAGGAGGUCCUCCUGGUACCGAAGGCCCACCUGGUAC